AUGAAGGGGGAGGAACUGUUGGAGCUCAUGAUCGAUUUUAUUUUCACCUUGUUUGUGGAUAUAGAAUUGUAUAUAUGCAUCUUUAUAAUUUUAGUGUAUUUUGUAAAUAACAAGAUAAAUAAAGUAACAAAAUAUAAUUUUCAUAAAAGUGAUGCCCUACUUAAAAAAUUAGCCAAAAAUUUUUAUAUAGUAGAAUUAAAAGCAGACUUUAGCCCGAUCAAAUAUGUAUUUAAAAACAUUUUAUAUCAUAUAUAUUAUUCUAUUGUUAUUUUUACAUUGAUUUAUUUAUUUCGAUUAUAUACAAUUAACACGAAAGAUAUUGUGAUUCCAGAUGUAUCAGAUGAUGAUUUUCCUAUUGAAAAUGAAUAUCUAAAUGAAAAUGAUAGGGAGGUAUAUAGUAUUAUCGAUUCAAGUCUUGUUUACUUUCUUGCAUUUACUUUUGGAAGCAUAAUUUCAAUAGGAUUUUAUAAAAAUAUUUGUAAAUUAUUUAAUCGUAAUAAAAAAUAUGUGAGUAUACAAAAGUAUAAUUUAUUAAAAUAUUCUAUGGAUAUAGCUAAGUCUGAUUUCAAAGACUAUUUAAAAAAACCAUCAUUUGAAAAAGGCAGUAAAUUUAAAUUAGAUUUAGGAAAAACUAUUAAAAAAACACACAAGAUAAGUUCCGAGUUUAAUAGACAAAUAAAAAGCGCUUCUGCUGAAUCUAAAAAUGGUUUCUUGAAAUUAUCUAUAUCAUCCAUCUUUUAUAUUAUAUUUAUUAAAAAGCAUGUAUUAUAUGAUGAAGACUUUUUAUACGAGUCUUCUACCAAUGAUAGUGCACAAGAUGAGAAUAAAUUAAAAGAAAAAGGAAAAAUAUAUGUAGUAUUUGAUAUGAUAUCGAAUGUUAUUAUGAAAAAGGGAAGCUUAAAAGCGGAUGAAGGCACAAAUACAAAGGAAGUAAAUGCAGAGGGCGUAUCACCGCCUGGGGAAAAUAAAGAGGUUUCUGAUCAGCUAGAUUGUCAAGAAACGGAAAAAAUCGAAGAGACAAGUAAAAAUGAUGAAACAAAUCAAGCCGAUGAAAAUCAAGAACAUAAACAAACAAACGAAGAUUCUAUAAAAACGUGCACAAUAUAUAAGGAUAAAAUAAAUAUGGGAAAUAUAUUAAAUAAUGAAUUAAUUAUUGAAAAUGUAAAGAAAGCGUUAGAUGCAGAAAAUAACAAAAAUAUUAUUGCCGAUGAUAUAAAAAAUGGUCAAAAUAUGGAUGUGAAAUUAACACUUAAUAAUAUAAAAUUAUGUGAUAUAAAUGAAGAUAUAAAAGAAGUAUAUAACUGUAAGUCUCAUUAUUAUUUUAAAAGCUUAGUAGAAAUAUGUAUUCUAUAUUUACCUAUGUUUUUCCUUUUUAAAAAUAAGUUAUAUCUAAAACUACUCUUUACCAUGUGGUUAUAUAUUAUUAAUUGGAUCUUAUGGAAUGUCAUAACAAUUUUGUCGAUGUUUAGGCCAUCGUUAUAUGCUUAUUAUUAUUUAUUCAAUGAGCAUAUAAUAAAUAUAUUAAGUGAAAAUAUUAAUCAACAAGAGAAGAAUACGAUGAUGCAAUUUUUUUUUGGAUUUUUUGUUUCAUCACUUGUAUAUUUUAAAUAUUAUUUGAAUACCGAAUUUAAAUUGAUAAAAAAUUCUCAUAUAGAAUAUUUUCAAUCCUUAAUUACUACCCUUUUAGAUGAAUGCUAUAAAUUACGAUCCCAAAAUAUUAUAAAAAAUUUUGAAAAUUUAAAAAUAUUCCCACUAAAUAUUGAUUAUCAAAAUAAGGCAAUAUUUUUAGACAAAAGUUUAUUGCUUACCCCCAAAGAAUUAGAAAAAAUAGAAGAACAAAAACAAUUAAGAAAAAAUUCAAUAAUAUUAAAAAGCAUAGGAAAAAUAGCUAAAUACUGUGAUAAAAAUACAGCUAGUCAAAUGGCUGAUCAAAUCAAACUUGUUCUUUUAAAAGAGGUUCCACAAAAAGUAGCCCAUAAUAUUUCUCAAUAUAUAUCAGAUGAAAUUUAUACAAAAAUUAAAAAUAAUCCUGAAAAAUUAAAAUCACAUAUAAACGCCUUUCUCAAUGAUAUAUCAUUAACACAUGAUCCAAAGAAGUAA